AUGUCUUCCGAAACCGAAAAGAUCUAUGAACAGCUUUCUGUUGGCUGCCAUGCCUAUCGCGAAGGCUUUCCCAGUUCAUAUGACUAUAUCCCGUCAAAAGGAGCUGGUAUUGCAUUCUGUUUGCUGUUUGGAGCAACAAUGAUUGCACACAUUGUCCAAUUUUCUUGGAAGCGGACAUGGUGGUGCUGCGUUUUUGCUAUCGGUAGCGCUGUGGAAGUUCUUGGCUGGGCCGGGCGUACCUGGAGCUCUGAUUGCCCAUACAACAGUACCGCAUUCAUGAUCCAGAUCUCGACACUGAUCAUAGCUCCUGUUUUCUACACAGCGGGUAUCUACAUUCUACUCGGUCGCUUCAUCAAAAUCUUCGGACCGGAAAGUUCCUUCCUCUCCCCCAAGCUAUACCUUUGGAUAUUCUGCACUUGCGACGUCAUCUCUCUCAUUAUCCAAGCAGCGGGAGGCGGCAUGGCAUCCUCCGCAUCAAACGGAAAAGGUGACACUGCACCAGGCACAAACACUAUGGUUGCGGGUAUCGUCUUUCAGCUUGUCUCAAUCAGCGUUUUCGUAUACUGUGCCUUUGACUUUCUUCGCCGCACGACCCGUACCGGCUUGAUUCAGGUGGGAAAAAUGGACUCUGUCAAUUGUAUGAUUCUCGCGAUGAUCAUCUCAGUUGUGUUCAUCUACAUCCGGUCUAUUUAUCGUGUGAUUGAGCUUUCUCAGGGCUGGACGGGAUAUGUUAUGACCCACGAAGUCUUUUUCAUCAUUCUGGAUGGUGUCAUGAUGAUCGUCGCCGUGGGGGCUUUCAAUAUCUUUCACCCUGGCUGGCUACUGCCUUCUGAUAGCGCUUUUAAGCUGCCCAAGUAUCAGGCUUCCCAUGAGAUGGAGACACAUAGAUUACAAGCCUCCGAUAGCACCGAAUACGGGGGUUCUGGGAGCCACUGA